ACUUCGCUGAGGACGUCGCUGUCAACGCCGGUUUGCUCGCGUUCGGCACCCAAAUCGCGAGGUUUCUGCAGACCGCGCCGUGGCUCGCCCGCGACUGCGUGGUGGCGUUCUUGGACAGCAGCGUCCCGCACGGGAGGGCGGCGAAAAGGUUCUUGGAAACCUACUACGAGCAAAGCGGGCGGUCGUCGUCCGCUGCUUCUGCCAAAAAUGCCGGCGUGUUCCCGACAGGCGGACAGCUGCUGCGGCAGGCCGUGAUUUUAAACUUGGACGGUGCCACGGUGCGGGUCGAGAGAAGUGCAACUACUUCACCUAGUACUAUCGUGAGUGACAGAAUUGCGGCUGCACCUUCCUCUUCUCCUACGUCAUUUGAAGAUGAGCACGGAGCAGGAGAAACCAUGACCCAGCAGCUGGGAGUGCAAUCAUUCACCGUGUUAUCCAAGAAAAAAACACCAUCACAAUCACAUUUAGGAGGUUUCGCAUCAGAAAUCUGUCUCCCAUGGCAAAUUUUCCUUGUAUUGCAAAAACACAAAGGGGAAUCGCCUAUAACUCUUGACUGUGAUGCAUUUUUGCGCAUGACAAAAAUUUUUGUAUUGCAAAAAUGUGCAAAAGUGAUUGUGAUGGUGUUCUUUUCUUGAAUACGUGUCCUGUGCGGAGUUUCUGGUGGACAUCGAGGGCGUGAAUAUCAAAUGUAAAAAUGUCUGGGUCUGGAAGAUUGCAACUUGUCAUGCUAACUUUGGACUCUAGCAAAAUCUGUAUUGCAUGACCAGCAAGAGGAGUCUAGUUUGUGCUGCGCGGGGAGGGCGUUUGUCAUGCGGAGUAGGCAUCAGGAAGCCCUCUCAAAAUCUGUGAUGCGCGGUCGUGCAUUACAGACAUCCUGGGUCAUGCAAAACAUGCAUGACAAAUCUCAGAAUCUUCCAGACCCAGACAUUUUUACAUUUGAUAGUGAACGGGUUCCUGCCGAACCAAGAUAUCGUGAACGCCUUCCUGCGCGAAGUCGAGAUGGCGCGGCGCUACAGCUACGGCGGCAACCUGUUUCGCCUGCGCUCCGCCUGGGAAAGCCUGUUGUAUCUCGGGCCCCAGAACGGCGGCACCCAGUCCGGGCACUCCUGGUUUUUGGCAUACCAGAUCCCCGCGUUCACGGUCAGGGCGCUGUCCGCACCCUCUGGUGUGCGGUCCUCCUUUAGUACUGAGUCGCGCUCCUUUCCAGCACCGUCGAAAAACGAAAAUGCAAAUAAUGGUGCUCCAUCUGUCACAACUCCAGAAUCUGGGGCUCGGGGGGGCGAUGAAAAGUUCGUGCUGUUUACCACUGAGGUACAACUAUCCACAACAAGUAGAACUUCCUUCCCAGACGGCGCUGAUGCUAUAUCUAAACUGGAAAUCCAGGCCACGCCGUCUCUGCAACUUCUAGCUGGGGCGACCGAAGGGUUGCUUCGGGACUACAGCAAUGUGCUGCAGCAGCUCCACCACUCCUUCAACACCUACGUCAUGACGACUUUGCGAUCCCACGUCAGCUCCGGGCUCUACUACUACCCCGUGUUUGCCAUCAUUGCGGGCAUGGUCCUGCUCCUCCUGGUCAUCCCCGACCACGUGCCGUUCCGGCGGGACUUCCGCGGGGUGAUCCAUGGGCUGUUCCAGCUCGUCGCGAUCGCGGUGUGUAGUGGAAUGCCCGUUUUUCUUCUUUUCUCGGACGGCCACAUGGAAGCGGUUUCUGGGGCGUGGAGAAAGUCGACCGGGUUCUCGUUGCUGUCGGACUUUGUCGAAAGAACUAGCGGCGCGGCGAAAAAUUUCGACGAAAGUCUCUUCGAUCUCCGGUCCGGCCAGCUGAAACUCCUUUACUUCGUGUGGCUCCUUUGCGUAUCAAACGGCAAAAAUAAAGCGCCUCGCCUCGUCCUGAAUUUUUGAAAUGUCUUCAUUGUAAAACUUCCAAGUCUUCGACAAUAGAAAUACAGACUAGACCACUACGAAAAUUAUAACGAGUCCGACGCUUUUCUUCUUGGAUCACGUUUUGUCAUGCAAAUACUUGUACUUCCUCAUCUAUUUAGGGCAUCGGGCACCUUGCAUCCUGAUACUGCGUCCGCCGCGUUCUCACCGCCCUGCAGAUUCAGCAGAAGGGCUUCGGCGGCCAGGAGUUGCAGUGCGCGAGCGUGCUCGCCUUCGCGCUGCUACUCGGCGCUCUAACGGUGUAUUGCUACGCGCUCGGGGUCUUUUUCACGGCGAUAAUGGUUCCGCCACUGAUCUUGGUGGUGCCGCUGCGGUUCUCGGUUUGCAGCACACGAAGGACGGCGUUGCAGCGAUGCAGACACCUGUUCAGCCAACUUCUGAUUCUUUCCUUCCUCGCUUUCCACGUGUUUCUCGUGACUGUCGACGCCGAGGAAAGAAGAGAGGUCUACGUGCCCAGAUUUGCGGAGAUCAGGGAUGGUUUUCUCUUCCCAAGCUACUACACCGCGACAAGCUCCGCCCGGGCGAAUCCGAAGGUGGGGAAAAUGCUACCCGACGACUUGGUCGAGGUAAUCCUCAAGACUGCCGUGCCGGAUUUGCUCGGUGUAGACGUCCCGGAAUUUCUCCGGAAAGUCGUUGCCGAUUACGAGCACACCGGCGCGGUGCUGUACCCGGUGUUGUGCUUUCUCUACGUGCCCUUCGUGGUCGUUUUGGUCUUUGUCCUCUUCGACUUUCCCAGCGUCAUUUCCUCUCCCUGUGGGUUCGAAGGAGGGGUUCAAACCGUGAAGACAACUGCGUUCUCCUCCUCUGCUGGAGCUUCGGCCGGCGGUGGCGGGGGCACGAAAAACAAUAAGAUCAUACCACAAAGGAAAAAAGUUCUGGACUUGCGUGUGCUCGCCGGUUCGUGUGAGCAAACUACAGUGUCUUGGAGGGGGAUGCAGAAAAAUGGGCGAAACGGGACGACAAAUAACAUCGACUUCGACAGCACAGAGAACAAGGACUGCGUCGAUUUCCUCACCUUGCAGAACGUGGAAGAGCUUCCGGUGUUUCCCGGCGCGGCAGGGAUUCUCAGUCGGGUCAUACCGACCGUGGAGGCUUUGCGAAAAUGCGCAUUCAAGGUCGCCUGCACGGACUUGAGACUACAAGCAGGGGACAAGGUGGUGAUAGUAGAGGAGAUGGCGACCACAAGGUGCUGGGGGUUCGAAGGUAAAAACCAACAUGAACAUACCAUAUCAACAACAGCCGCAAGGAAGAGAAGAAGAGAUACUGACGCCCGGUCCUCCGGCUCCACGAGUGCUGCAGAGGACGAUGAGGAUGAUCAGAUUGACCGCGACCUCUUUUCGGCACAGGAGCUCAAAUAUCCUGCGGAUAAUUGCUAGCACAGUGGAUGAAUGCGCUAUGUUUGCAUACGAAUUACGCUGACAUUUGCUUCUGCAGAAGCAGCAGAUGUCAGCACGAUUCGACUCCUCUGAAGCGCUACAGAGCUACUGAUACACGCUCAUGUGAGGGCCUACGCUAUUCUUCGGACAUACAAAACUACCGGCGAAGUUGCCGUCUGUGCGUUUCAGCUCUCUCAUCCUGCCGCAAGCAAUUUUCUGUAUCGAUAUUCUAGCAGGGGCGGUUCUGUUUUUCCUCUUGCUUACAGUCUGCGUUGUCGGGGGCACGGUGUGGAAGAAAACUUCUUCGUCCGGAGUUGCCACCUGGACUGACGUUUUUGAAGGGAUAUUGUUUUGACACAUCCGUACGUGUGCCGCUGCUGUUGUGCGUGUGCUCACAUGCUUUCGUAAACGGAACACUUGCGCUCGACGUCACACUGGACAUGCAAGGAAUCGUCGUCCGAGGCUCGUCGUUAUGCAUGACCAACCGCCACGUUGUUCCCGAACCCGAGAUCUAAUUGAAGAUGUUUGUACCUGUAUGUACGCUUGUUUGUUCG